AUGUCAAGUAAAACUGUCUUCCGGAAUUCAUCAACAGGACCUUUGACGAACCAAACUUGGGUCAACAGUGAGAUUAGAGACUUCAACACCAACCCACAAAGUCAAUUGGAAGGAGGCUCAGGAUCAGGUUCAACAGCCCCAGCAAAUUUCAACGACCUAUCAGAGACUCCAAGAGAGCCAACUUACAAUGAAACCCUAAGAAACAACCCAGUAUUCCCAGUGGCAAACAAAUCGCAAUCAGCUGGAAACUCACCAAGCUACCCUUCUUCGCCAUGGCAGCAGGCAACAGGUCGAUCACCUACGGACUUGCCGAGCAACUCGAGCGCAUACACCGUAACUCACGACCAUUCAUCUCCGUACGGUCCACCGCAAGAUCAAAGCAGAGAUCAUGUUCCUUCUCCCCGAUCACACCAGCCGUACAGUUCUGGAGAAUCAACGAAAUUUCCGCUUGAAGAUCCUCAAGAGGCGUGUUUGCUCCGAUACUUUGUCGAGGAGCUAUCGCAUUGGCUUGACCUGUGCGAUGAGAGACGGCACUUUCAACUCGUUGUACCUCUUCGAGCUCGGCAUCAUCCACCACUUCUCUACGCCAUCUUUGCACUUUCAGCCCGCCAUCUAAGCCGUCUCCCAAAAUACAAAACACCACAAGGAAUUCUCUACCAAGGCCAGUUACUCCCCAAACUCACACCUCACGACGCAGUAGAAUACACAUUAAAAUGCAUCCCUGCCCUACGAGAUUUCCACCUCAUCCAAGACGACGAAAAACUCGAGAGCAUCAUCGCCACAGCCGUUAUUCUUCGGCAGUUAGAAGAGAUCGACGAUGAAGAAGACCAAGAUCAAGAGCGGAACCAAAGGCGGAACGCAAAACCUCAGGUUAAUUUCCUAGCGAUCAUAGACGCUGUUUUGAGAAGUCCACCGUCAAGGACCCUCUUUGGCCGACGAUCACUUAUCCAAGCGGCAUAUUGGAUGGCCGUUCGCCAAGAGCUGUACCACUCGUUCACAAAGCGUCAUCCGCCAAAGAUGAUUCUAGACCCGGAGUAUGGACACGGCGCGUCGAAGGCGAAUAAAAUUGUCCUUCAUACGGCACAAGUUGCGAAAUGGCGAUGGGCUGAUGGUUCAGAACAAGAAUGGUUACGACUCCAGAAGCAGGGCGAAGUUCUCGAGGAAGAAGCGCUAAAAGAGUAUCAACCGUUCUACGUACGACCAGCUGACAGGUCGAAUGGAGAAAUCUUCCCGAUAAUCUGGUACUCCUCCGCUCUGGAGGUGACAACCAUGCAGCUCAGCAUCAUAGCGAAAAUGGUGCUAAUGGCAGAGAACCCCUUCCUCGGGGGAAAUUCAUCGACACGUGCGCAGUGGAGAGAAAUCGAGAAUCAGGUACGGCAGAUGAUUCUGGAUCUAUGUGGGAUAAGUCUCUGCCAUCCAGCAUGUCCGCCAGCUCUUGUGCAUGCUGCGUUUGGGAUGGAGCUGUACGGGGACUUUUUCACGGAUCAUUAUGAGCGGCGGGCGUUGAGGGGUGUUGUUGAUAAGUUUAGAGAUGCGAGGGCGUGGCCAGUCCAGAACCUGUCUAAAAUGUUUGAAUGA